AUGUUGAGAUUGGGAUUUGCUUCAGAGUGGGUCAAACGGAUAAUGGAUUGCUUAACAACAGUUACCUUUUCGGUGCUUUGGAAAGGUAAUCCAUUCGGGCAUGUUGUUCCUCAGAGAGGGUUAAGACAAGGGUGUCCUCUUUCACCAUACUUAUUUUUAAUGUGUGUUGAAGGCUUUUCAAGGCUGUUGCAGAAUGCUGAAAGGAUAGGGAGUUUGCGUGGGAUUCGAAUUGCUCAUGGAGCUCCAUCAGUCAAUCAUUUAUUUUUUGCCGACGAUAGUAUUCUCUUUCUUGAUGCAACUACAGAAUCAUGUGAAACAGUGAAGAAUAUAUUUCAAGUGUAUGAGGAAACUUCUGGGCAAAAGAUCAAUCUCACAAAGUCGGCUUUCAGUUUGAGCCCAAAUGCUACUGUUGUUGAAAAACAAAUAGUUUUGGAUUUACUGGAAAUUCCGUUGGUGUCUUGCCAUGAAAAAUAUUUAGGUUCGCCUAUGGUGACAGGUAAAGGAAGAAAGCAGAUUUUCGGGACUGUCAAAGAUCGAAUCGGAAAACGAAUUAGUGGGUGGAAGGAAAAGCUCCUAUCUAGAGCUGGUAAAGAGGUCCUAAUUAAAGCUGUGUUACAGGCUAUGCCCACCUACUUGAUGAGCUGCUUUUGGAUGCCUAAGGGGAUGUGUAAGGAACUCCAUGGCUUAAUGGCUAAAUUCUGGUGGUUUAAAAGUAAGAAUAUGCGGGGUAUUUAUUGGACUAAAUGGGAGACAAUAUGUGUGAGCAAGCAGAUUGGAGGAUUGGGAUUUAGAGACCUUGAGGCUUUUAAUCAAGCUCUGGCAAAACAAAGUUGGAGAUUAUUCUUUAAUUGCAAUUCCUUGGCAGCGAGAAUUUUCAAGGCCCGAUAUUUUCCGCAUUGUAAUUUUUUAGAAGCUGGAUUGGGGUAUCGACCCUCACGUAUUUGGAGUUCGUUGAUAUGGGGGAAGGAUUUGUUGAAGGCGGGUUUGCGGUGGAGAGUUGGAAAUGGUGAAGAUAUAUAUGUUUAUCAGGAUCGGUGGGUGCCUUUACCAAUGAAUUUCAAGAUUAUCUCAACGCCACAAUUUGAUGUUUCUAUGAAAGUAUGUGAGUUGUUUAAUGCUGCUGGACAAUGGGAUGAAGAACAAUUAAAAGCUAAUUUUUGGGAACAGGAAGUGAAGGCUAUCCUCCAAAUUCCACUGGCUUCAAAUCAUAGAGAGGAUAAAUUAAUUUGGCAUUAUGAUCAAAGCGGCAAAUACUCAGUCAGGAGUGGUUAUAUGGUUGCAUGCAUGAAGAAGCAAAGGGAAAAUGGCAUGGAAGGGUCCUCGACACAAGAUGAGAUGUAUAUGGGGGCUUGUAGUGAAGUGAAACCAAUAUGGUCUUUAUCACCUUGGAGUGCCAAUCACCAUGAGUGGAGAAUUACAUCUUUCAAGGAACUUUGGCAAGCUGUGAUUGUGGUCUCAAGUAAACAGGAGGUGGAUCUUUUUGCUUUUCUAUGCUGGGAUAUUUGGAAUGACAGAAACAAUCUGUUGUUUCAAGGACGAAGUCUUGAGAGUGUAUCAGUGUUUAACAAAGCUUUGGCUUAUCACACGGAGUUUUACUCUGUAACUCUUGCCCCUAUAUGCUCCCAUAAUAGGCAAGGGCCUAGUCAGAGUUCACAGAGUUCUGUUAAUUGGCAUGCCCCAUUGGAUGGUUAG